UUCGUUUGGAGCUGCUGAAUUUGGUUCAUCAAUCUGAUUCGUUUUGGGUAUUCUUCUUCGUUCUUGUUCAAGUCGAAUUUGUUUUUCCAAUCUUUCCUAAGAUGGUUUGCGUGGUUUCUCGUACCGGAAGGCACUUGCAGCGAUAUGAUAACUUGGGCCGCCGCCAAGUUGUCGGGUGCAUUCCCUAUAGAUACAAAUCCACCAGUGAUGGAACCACUAGCAAUGACCUCGAGGUUCUUGUAAUCUCUUCCCAGAAAUGUCGAAAAAUGAUGUUCCCCAAGGGUGGUUGGGAGCUUGAUGAAUCUAGAGAAGAAGCUGCACUAAGAGAAUCACUUGAAGAAGCUGGUGUUCUAGGCAUCGUUGAGUGUGAACUGGGGAAAUGGGAUUUCAUAAGCAAAAGGCAUGGCACGUUUUAUGAAGGCUACAUGUUCCCUUUGCUAGUGAAAGAAGAACUUGACUUGUGGCCAGAACAAAAUCUCAGACAAAGGACUUGGAUGAAUGUUAAAGAAGCAAGGGAUGUUUGUCAGCAUUGGUGGAUGAAGGAAGCUUUAGACAUAUUGGUUCAGAGACUAAACACAGUGGAUCAACAAAAUGAACAAAAAUUUCCCAAUUUGUGCACUGAUUUGGCAGCAAAAAUUUCCCAAUUUGUGCACUGAUUUAGUAGCUGGGAAAUGUUAGGAAAAUAACUGUAAAUCAUUGGGAAUUCGGGU